UUGAGCUCCUCACUCGGGCUACCGCAGCUCCAUCUCCUCACUUGAGUCGGGGGCGUGUAAAGGCUUUGGGGCCUAGGGAUAUAAGGUAACAUUGUUAGAACCCUAAUCGAAGCUCACGGGAAGCAACGUUGAGAAUCGUGGUUAAUCAAGUUUGGCAUGAAAAUGCUGUGGCUGAGGGUGUGGAGAGACUGCGACGCACUUUCCUUGCGAGUUGGUUGCAUUCCUGCGACCAGUCAAAUCAUGCGGGGAAGUUUGGUCAGCACGAACGGGUCCUUGAGCUGGUGGUAUUAUGUGCCAAUUGAAUGGGCGCAAGUAUCUUCCUGUCUGAUCAAGGAGUUGCUCAUGACGGUGUACCAUGGAAGAUUAUUCCAGGAGCGUGCACCGUUCACAAAAUCCAACUGUCUAGCAUCGCGUGGCUCCGGGCUAGAGAAGCGUUCUACGGAAAUCAGAAUGAUGGCAAAGAGAAAAAUGGUAAGGAUCGAUCAUUGGAUACCCGACUCAGUCCCGGCUUCUCGGCUUCUCCCUAAUGGCAGUGAGAAGAUGAUGCUAAAGCUGGGAGUAUUCCAAGUAGGUAUCCAUGGGGAUCUUGGGGAGCCUGUAGCCAUACAUGAUGGGAUUAGCCGGCCACACGUAAUUGCGAACCUUCAUCUGAAGUCAACAGCAAAUUUCACACCCCGACUCUCAGGCUUCCAACCAGGUUGGAAGCAUUCUCCCAGCCCAUCAGGCCAGACAGUGAUCGCAACGAUCGCUAAGAGUGACCCCAGUAGAAGCACGAGAUUGACUAGUACUGUGCGAUGUCACCCGCACGAACCAUAUCCCAUAUAGCCAUCAAGGGAGUGUCCGUCAGCGAUAUGGCCCGACUCGGGCUGUGCCAAUGACUGAACGGGGAAUGGAUAACGAUGGUCCACCCAAUCGAGUGCCAAUAUUAGAUGAAUCGUAUUCCGCGGCACACACCCCGAUGCUUUUCAGAGGUGCAAUAUCCAGUUGCCACGCCCAGGAAGUGGGGUUGCAAGUCUGGAGUCAUGUUAUCCCUGCUCGCUGGUUCCGGAGUAGCCGUCCAGCGCCGAUGUGUGAGUGGAGCCGGGAACAUGCUGUUAGAGGUCAGCGGUCAGCGGGAGCUUUCACAUGAAUGAAAGGGUACUGGGAUAUUGUUCAUAGAACAAAUACUGCCAUAUUUGUU